AUGGGAAUGGGCGAUUCUGACACCACCAACGGCACUGUCCGUGUCUCAGUACCGGGGGUUCCUGUCACGGUCCAGCGGAAGCCCUUCAUCCAGGACGAGCAUGAAGACCAGAGGCUGCCCAACGCUGGCACGGCCCGUGUCAACAUCGCCGCCUCAUAUGAACAUCCACACGGAACCACCGAGAACGGCUGGGCUAGACGGCACAGUCACCAGACGGUGCUGCAGCAGCACUGUGACUUUUUCGACAGGGACCAAGACGGUGUGAUUUGGCCGCAGGACACCUUUGUCGGCUUCUACCGUCUUGGCUUUGGUGUAGCCCUGUCGCUCCUUUCCGUCUUCAUCAUCCACUCCAACUUUUCCUACCCCACGAUUCCAUCAUGGAUUCCGGAUCCCUUCUUCAGAAUCUACCUCGAUCGCAUCCACAAGGACAAGCAUGGCUCUGAUACGGGCACAUAUGACACCGAGGGACGGUUUGUGCCACAGAAGUUCGAGGAUAUCUUUGCCAAGUACGCUCCCGGCCAGGACAGCCUCACUUGGAGAGAAAUCAUGAAUGUUUUGCACGGCCAGAGGCUGAUUGCAGACCCCAUUGGCUGGUUUGGUGCUUUGUUCGAAUGGCUUGCAACAUACAUCCUACUGUGGCCAGAAGAUGGGCGUAUGAAGAAGGAGGAUAUCAGGGGUGUCUACGAUGGCAGUAUCUUCCAUACCAUCGCUGCUCGUCGAGAGGAAGGGGUCAAGCAAAAGAACACCUAG